AACGUAAGCUCUAUAACAGUUGACAAUAAUGUGUUGCUGUUAGAGGAGGAGACGUAGAUAACAAGAGAGGCCUGCACACGGUGCCAACGUAAGCUCUAUAACAGAUACUAUCUUUCAUUUCUCACCAUCUUCUGCUCACAGCUGUUACUUGCAGCUGGACUAUGAGAAAGGUUUGUAUCGUUUUCUUUGCUACCGUUUCUCUUUGCCAGGCUUUUAGGGGUAAGAUCGUCUGGAAGGAAAGUAAUUUUGCAAGCACGUCUGAUUGGCAAAAAUUGGAGGCCGAUGGGAGAUAUGGAGAUGCUUGGUGUGGACAGAAGAAAAAUACGUUUGCAGAGAUAGAAUAUUGCGAUUGUGAUUCGGUAUCGUCGCUCAUCAUGAUUGAUCCAACGAAAACCUAUGAAUUCUCCAUUUACAUCUCUUCAUGGGACGCACCUAUGAGGAACUACUUUGGCUUCUUUGUUUAUGACAGCAAUGGAGACAAAAUAGAGGGUAGCUGGAAUAGGCCAUACUUCAAAAACUCUGAUGAUUACAAUGUAUGGCAAGAAUGGAGAGCAUAUAUUCUUUCUCGUGACAUUCCAGACACUGACAAUGAUGGUCAAUCUGAUACUCAAAACCACAUGACUAAUGGCAAAGACUGGAUAUGGCCAACUAAUGCUAGUUAUGUUGCAUUACGAUUUGGAUCGUGCUAUCACGGCACUGGAGUUCUUGUGAGAAAUCGAGCACGCAGACAUGAAAUAAAACCCUUAGGAGAGACAUGGUUUUGGCAUCCCACCGUUCGAGAAAUUGAACAGCCAUUGUCAAUUCUGUUUUCUGAUCCCCGUUAUCCAAAUAUGAGAAUGUUCAAGACAAACAAUUUUCGAGAAUGGUCAACUAUGCCCGAGCACAGUGGGAUGGCAUUUGUAAACGGUAAACACACUCCUAUAGCAAGAGACACAGAACAAGGUCGAGAUUGUUAUUAUCCGUGGGGCAUUACACGUCGAUUUCCGAUUGAUGCCAACAAUACAUAUGAAUUCAGUAUCUGGUUACAAAGUACAGGCAAAGAUCUAAACAACUUCCUUGGCUUUCAAGUCUAUGACGUGGCAUUCAAUAUUCUUUUCGUCAACGGCACAGACAAACCAUACUUCAAAAGAACCGAAAAUGAUUCAGAAACGUGGACACGAUGGAAUGGAUUUGUAGUUCCAGCCACAAAUGAUCCUAACGACAUUCCUAAAUAUUACAGCAACGGAGUAAGCUGGCAAUGGCCACCUAAUUCUAAGUAUGCCCAGCUGAGGUUCGGCACUUGCUAUGGUGAUGGAGACAACGCAGGAAAGACUUACUUUGCUUACCCUCAGGUAGUAGACUUUGAUCUACAGCCAUAGGCAAGGAGAGUCAGACGUUCAUCAUGUUCUUUGGUCUUUCUCUUGACUAUCAGUAAACCGUUUCGUUUGUGUUUGUAGUCUGUGCCAUGAUGGAACAGUAAAAGCUGGCACGAUUAGCGUUUGUAGCACGUGCCAUGACUUUGCUAUUGCUAUUGUUAUCAGUCUAUUUGCAACAGCACGAGUAGCACUGCACAUGUACGUAUAGCUUUUACGCUAUCAAAUCAAAAACUAAAUUCUA